UAUACCUAUACAGUGAUGCAUCGUGCUUCAAUAAAUGUGUCUUUCUUGGAUUAAAAUUAAAAUCUACAAAACAAUAAUGUAAUUAGUACCUAUAUUAUACUAUUGUAUAAAUUAAAAUAUAAAAUGCGAUUUGUAACCGCACCACACUCGUGUUGAUAACGCGUCAAAUAAAAUGUCUAAUGUAUUAUCGUUUAUGUACACAUACUCUAUCUGAUAUUAAUAUUUUUUUAUUGUGAUAUUUUGUAUUGCUAAGCAACUGUAUAUAAUAGGUAUAGUAAUUUAUGUACGAACAUCGCUAUACCUCUAAUAUAUUUUAUGAAUAUGUCAUAAUGCGUCGUGUACUGCAGUACUAUAUCUGUAUGUAGACGUAUACACUAUACUCAUAUUAUUAAUUUUAAGUUUGCGGGUCUUGACUUCCUAUAGUAUAAUUCAUUUUACUAAACCAAAAGUGUUUUAAUCAUGUCUGAAUCGUCGAAUUUGAAAAAGUCUUUUCAGUCGAUACCUCCAACAAAUUAUUCCUCUACAAUAGAAAUUGAACAAUUAAGCAUACAUAGUAAGAAAAUCCUAUCAUUAUCUGAGGAAACAAUCGAUUCCAAAUCGGCCGAUCAAAAGUUACAGAAAAAAAUAACAGACGUUUUCAAAAAUAACGAAACGAUCGGUGACUGUGAAUCGGUCGCGAAAAAGCACGUUCGGCAUGAAUAUCCGUUAACAAAAUGGUCGAAACGCAAGAGAACAGCAAAGAUUCGUACGGAACGUGAUAGAAAAUUUGAAAAUAUUAAAAGGUUUAAUGAGACAAUCACACGUGGCGCCGAAACCAUCAAAAAUCCCACGGGUAAAACACACAUCGACGAAUUACAUAAACUUAAAAAAUUAAACAACGACCAAUUAUACCACGACAAAAGCUCUAUUUAGUAUGCUUCUAUACUUGUUCAAUAUAUUUAAUAUACAUAUUCGUGAUUUCUAUAUUUAUUCACAAUAUUUGCUUUCGUAGUGAUGAUAAUAUACAAAGUACAUCUCUUAAUACCAGAAUAGAAGCGCUUGAAUUGAAUUUAAAAAAAAUCCAAGACGAGUUGAUAAUGGAAAAAAAUCGACUUGGUGGCGAUACAUUAGAACGUUUGAGUAUAGUUAAAGAUCAUAUUAAUAACGAGUCUGAAGAAAAAGCUAUUGAUACGUCUAUCGAUACAAACGAUGAGUUGGCCUCAAAAUAUCGUUCAUAUCCAAUGAAAUCUGCGUUAGAAUGUAUAAAUGACGAUACGAAAAAUGUGGAUGACUGUUCUAUGAACGAGCAUGUUUUUGAGACGGUUUCAAAUGUGGAAACUAGAUUAACAUUCAGCCCUAGUGUUGUCGAAUUUAGAGUGAUGAAAAGGUACUCAAACGAUAUAAUGGAAAAUGGAAUUUUGGAACAACAGAUAAAAGUUACUAACCGUAGUAAAAGUACCAUACUGUGUCUCUAUAGCCAUUUGUUUGAUCCGAACUCGGUGAUCGAAGAUGACAUGAAUACCAUAAAAGUAAUUCCAAUCACUUGGUGUCGUCUACAGCCCGCCAAAACGGUAGUUUAUUCGGUGACAUUUAAACCGACAGUAUUGCCCGAUUUCAAAACCUAUCUGAGUUUAUAUGGAAUAAAGCUAGUUUUUGAAACUGUGACAAACAAUCGACCGGAUUUAAAAUACGUGUUGAAUGUUCCAGUAAAGUUUUGCAUGAUUAAACCGGAACCGGAACUGGUUACCAAGACGAUAACUUUCCCAGCUGUACCCAACUCAUGUGAAAAUUAUAACUCUAAACAAUAUUUAAUCAUGAAAAAUAACGGCCAUGCCGAUUGUGUUUUUAGCGUGAUUACGGGGACGGAGUAUCAGAAAAAACAAAACUCCAGUUACUCAUCAAAUGAUGACUUAAAUGAAGAAGAAACGGUCGAUAAUGGCAUAAACCCCAGAACUAUUAUCGAUUAUAUUAUUCAUAGGAUGUUCAAUUACUUUAUGUGGAAAUAUCAUGUUAACGUGCUAUUACCAGCGAAAAAAUCCGUAAAAGUUCCAGUUAUAUUUAACCGAAAUUUGGCCCAUUCGUCCAUCACUGAAUGUUACACAAUAGAAUUUAAUAACUCUGAGUAUACGAUUCCGAAUCAGAGGGUAAAAGUUAUUGGACUGGUCAUGGAUCAACAAAUUCUCGUAGAUCCCGGUGUGAUCGACGCUGGGCUGUGCUAUUUAACAUGUUCCGAACAAACGGUCAGCUUCCAAUUGAGCAACACCAGCAGAGUGGUAGUGCCGUACGAAAUUAAACUUCCGCGAGAACUGUUCAAACACGCGGAGCUUAGCAAUUCGAAAGGAUAUCUCAGAGCUGGGUCUUCGCUGAAAGUUUUCAUUCGGCUGCGUUUUAAGUACGAAAUCUUACUCCCGGACGAAUGCAACACGUAUCUUGACGUAAAAAGUGGUGUUCUGAAUUUUCCGGUUCGAGUUUAUCCGUCGAACUGUAAAAAAUUUCACGAGGUACGCGUCUUGGCGGUGGUAACUACACCGUUCGGUCUGAAACUAACACCUGACACUUUGGAUUUCGGUACGGUCAACACGACGGAAACUGUCGUUCGGAGUGUCAUGUUGACCAAUCAUUCGAGAACUAAGAUGGAAUACGGUUUCUUGAAACUACCAGAAAGAGUUUCCGUUCAUCCAAAUGCAUUUGGCACUAUAUUUUCUGGCGAGCAAAUUCGUCUGCACUUGCAUUACAGCCCCAGUGCCAGUGACUUACCGCAAAACGUCCAUACGCACGAUGACGAUUUCGUAUUGACAUGCAAUACAGUUACUGGUGUCAACGCAGAAAUAUGUCCAUUUCAAAACGACGCAACCGCACAAAUUUAUGAAACAAUUAAUGAAACAAUAGAUGAACAAAUAUCAAAUACAGAUAUUAUAAACCAAGAGCCAGUAGUCAAUGAAAACGAGAUAAAAGAGUUAAACCAUGGACCAGAUAAGAUUCCCAUAUUGAUAGUAAAAGAUGAGGUUGAAGUAUGUUCAUUCGAUGACAAAAAUGCUAUAGUAAAAGAGGCUACUUUAAAAUGCCAUGCGAAAAUUCAUGAUGUACCUGUAGAACUUUCCGUCCAAAAAAUUAUAUUUGGAAAAACACAUUUCAUGUCUUAUUCGGUUUUUAAAAUUGAUCUGAGAGCAUCGAAUUUGGCAUCUAUAACUGAACGUAACAUUAAUUCAUUUCCGGAUUUCAAAAUUAGAUUUGAAUUUAUCUCUAAUGAUUCUACAGUAGAAUUUAAGCCAAAGAACGGAAUACUACAUUCAAAAGAAAUCAUUACUAUUAGUGUGGUAUUUCGACCAAAGCUUGAUGAUGAGGUCCAAACUGUUUACGAAGAGUGCCUCAACUCUGAUGUAAUAAAAUUCAAGGUCGAUCAAAUUUUGAGUGAUAAAAAUUCUUUCAUUAAUCAAGUUUACGGAAAUAAACCACUUUUCCAUGAGCAACUCAAAAUAUUUGAAACCAACAAAGCAUUUUAUUCAUUGAUGUUUGAUACAACAAAAAUCAUUUCUGCUGCAUGUUUUGUACAAUUCAUAAAUCAAAAGUCAAAAGAAUAUUUUGGAUUCUGUACGGAAUCAUUGAAGCUAAGUCUCGUGUGUUCGACAACAAAACCGAACAUUAUCUUGUUUAGCGAUCGAAUAGAUUUUGGCGAACGGACCAUGAACGUUCGUCACGACGGAUGGCUGUUUGUAUGGAACCCAACAACGCGUCCGGUACCGUUGAAAGUUUCAUUGCCAAGCCCUGUCGGACCUUUUUUCUGCGCAUUCGCUCUGAACGGUGAACAGUUAUUACAUCCCAACCAUACGUUGCCGAUCAACAUAACAUUUAUACCAGAACACGAGGCAACGGUAAACGAAAUGUUGGAGGUGAAUUCUGAAACGAUGCGGCUACACGUCAUGGUGUCAGGUAGCGGUGUCGCACCUUCGUGUACAAUUACACCUGAUGACACGUUCAACGUCAUACAAACUAUACACAAACACGGGCAUAAAACGCUUAUUUUCCGAAUAACGAACACUAGUGGAACGAACAUCCGGUUCAACGUGCAAAUGGAAUGGACGAGGGAGCGGUCGGAACCCAUGACCAACGACGAGGUGUACGAUUUCGUGGAAAGGCUCGGAGUGGCAGAGCGGGCAGAUCUAGAGCAGCGUGUAGCGAUGGCAUCGCAGUUGGAAGGAGAGGAAUGGACCGUAGGACCCGAGAAAACUGAAGAAUGUGCAUUUGACCUAGGAAACGGUGGUAGGCCACUGUGGUUUCGUUUGGACCCGAAAGGAUCACGUUACGUUCAGGUAACCUUAACACUUCCUCGGCGAAACCGACCACCGAAUGAAGACGAGGACGGCGGCAGCGGCGGAAGUAGCAGCGACGACGAUGAAGAGUCGUUAGAGUCACCUUUCGGGAGCAUUGAAGAAGUGUCGAGGUCUCCGGAUGGAACCGAAGAAGAAGCGUUAAAAUCCCCUGACGGGGGUUUUGGGACGAAGUCGGCCGAACAGAGUCGAGAUUAUGUUCAGAACGAUGACGGUCGAACAGCCACCGCCUUGCCGAUUGUCACCAAGCGUCGCGCUCACGCAGCAAAGUUCAACGUGCACGUGGGACAUUCGGUGCUCCGACAGUUCUACGUGUUCGGUUUUGUAGACGUGGAUAUUACUAAUUCUUAGAGUCUGUUGCGAUUAUUGUUACUGUUUUUAAUGGUGUCGUACAAUAUUAUAAUUUAUAAUAUUCUUACAAGAUGAAUUGUGUAUAUCGAGCGUAUUAUAAUAUAUUGUUAUCGAGUACAUCAGUAAUAUGGCCUAAUAACCUAAAUAGGAACUAAUUAGGAAAAACUCAUAAAUUAUUAAUAUGUUUAAUACAUUAACACUUGUAUUAAUAUUAGAUGGGAGUAAAAAAGUACAAUUAUACAGGUAGGUACUUAUUUGAUUGAUCACGGUGUUGCAUGGUCAUCAAUAUCAAAUCAUAAUUUUCAUUAUUAAAAAAAACAACAAGUUUAUCACCUCAUUCUAAUAAAAAUGUUGAUCAUAUAAACAAUUAAUAUAAUAACAAAACCGUAAACAUUUUUAAAUUAAUUACUGUUAUUGCAAAACAUUUGUUAAACAU